GCUGAAUCUUUAAAAACGAAAGAAGUGCAUACAAAACGAACAGAAAUUUGGCUUUUAUUUGAAAAACACAGAAUAUCUCUACAGUCCAUUGAAUUUUACCCGAUUUCACAAAUAGUGCCGUGGAACUGGUUCAACAACAAAUGGAACAAAUAAAUUUGAAUGAAACCAGCACUAUGGCAAUGACGGAUAUGAAUUUUGACUGUUUGGAGAGAUGUCUUCAGCAUUUAAAUAUCGAAGAACGUCUAAACGUUGCUGACUGUAAUAAACAGUUACGAGGCAUAGUCAGAUAUAUAAUAGCAAGGGAGUUUCCUGGGAACUUGUGGAUAAGUGCAGUGCCGGUCGGAAGUUAUGAGUCGCGAAUAAUCAGUUGGAGUGAAAAUGAAGAGUGGCUACAUAUUACGGGUUUAAAAUUUGGCCUAAAGUUUUUACGUUGUUGUGGUGAUUUGGUUUCCACAAUAGCCGUCUCCUCUAAGGACGUCACUAAUUAUUCGAAAAAUUAUCAUGCAAAUUUCUUGAUUAUUGGCUAUAUAAAUGAAUAUUGUUCAGAGUUCCUAACCGAACAGAUUUUUCGGUCUUGUUCGGAAGACUGCUUGAAGGGUCUGACAAAGCCAUUCAAGAAAGUCGAGACACUUGAAAUGUCCACAUCGUUCAUUAAUGAUACACGAUUAAGUAAAUUGUUCCCAAACUUGCGAAACCUUGAAUUGAGUUCCUGUGGCUCAAGUGUUGUGAAUCUGGGCUAUCCCAAAGAGUUUUUUGCGAAUUGUUUCCCUAGUUUGGAACAUUUAUCGUUGGAAGCGAGAUAUUGGAAAACAGAUUAUGAAAAUGUGGCAGACAUUUUACGCUCUCAUCCUCAGUUAAAAAGCUUAAAAGGUAACAUAUGGUUGGACGUUAUCUUUGGCACGAAAUAUCUCUCACACGGAAGUGAUCAUCUUCAAAACUUGGAAAAAUUGCAUCUGACUGAAAUCAUUUUCGAAAAAUCUGUUAACGAGAGAAUUCAUUUAAAAAAUCUGAAGGCGCUUGUCCUUGACAUUGAACAUGCUCAUUACAAUAGGCCUUGGACCAUUCCAUUUAAAUGUGACAAUCUAGAAUCGUUAGAAAUUGAAUUUCUCGAAAUUGGUUUCGAAAACGAACUUAUCGAGCUGAUUGCUAGUUAUUCGAGUGUUAAAAAAUUCAAACUUUCUUCAAGGAGUAGUUUAGAACACGUAAAAAUAUCGAAAGCUUUACCGUUACUGGAAGAAAUUGAUUUUUCCCAUUAUUCUCCUGGUUUCACUAUCGAUGAAGUAGUUCGUUUUGUUGGUGAGCUUGGUUCAUUGAAGUUAUUUGAAUUUUUGUCACCUUUUGCAACAAAUAUUGAAGAACUGAUGGAACGUUUGGAAAGUGGGUGGUUAGUUUUGUAUGGACCAUGUGGCUGUAGAUUUUCAAAUAGGGUUGCUUUUUCAAUCAAAUUAGAGCGCUAAACAUUAAAUUACAAUCAAAUUAUGGUUAAGGUCAGGUUAUAAUGGUAUCUAUAGCAAUAUGUUUACGGAGCGUUAACGCCUUAACCUGGCCUGGGACCACUAUAAGCUCUGCUCUGUACGCACUUUUAAUUCAUUUUCACUAGUUUUAUAUUCUAAUUAUACUACAAUCACUAUACAAUUACUUUUAAU